CUCUCCAUACUGUUUGCCGCCGCGGGCGGCAAAUAGGAUCAGCCAAACCGGCGCUCUCGCACGAAAACCCAUCCCCAAUCCAAAUCCAAAACCCGUCUGCAAGGGUCGCAUCCUACAGAGCCCUUCUCACGAGGGCCUUCCCGCAAAUUUCGUCCUCCUUCUUCACUCCCUCGUCUCCGUUCCCCUUCGGCGAUGGCCGCCGACGCCAACCACAGGAAGGUCGUGGUGAACUUCCAGUCGGUCGCCAACGCGCCGAAGCUGCGGCAGUCCAAGUUCAAGGUGCGGGCACUUUUUUCUCGCCGUUGCUUGCCUCACGCGACCAGCAAGCUCAGAAAUACGCCUCAGAUUGGUGGAAACGAGAAAUUUGCGAGGGUGAUUGAAUUUCUUCGCUGCCAAAUUCACCAGGACACAGUGUUUCUCUACGUGAAUAGUGCAUUUUCCCCGAAUCCAGACGAGUUGAUAUCUGAUUUAUACAAUGGCUCACUACUCGGAUUAACACUUUCCAAACUAAAUAGCUGGGCAUCGACAGCGACAAUCAGCGGAUGAAGGAGUGGAUGAAAAGGGUACCUGAGUGCUUGCAUGCCUGGAUCAGCCCAAUCCCUAUUAGUGAGUGAUCAAGCAAGGUCAAAAAGAAGAGCAAGCCCACGGCUAGGCAUAGUAUCAAGAGAUUGCUCGCCCGUCGCAUGCCUAACGAAUCCAGAGAAACAAGAAAAGCAUGACCAAUUGAAGGGGUCGACUGCCCAAGGAGAGUAAAAUAAUGACUAAUGGUGGUUAAACAUGUUGCACGGCAGAACUUUGGGAUCGACGGGCAGCUGGUGGUCAAUUACGCAUCAUCCAUGGCAUGGGGGUAAAAGGUGAACUUGCUUGAAAUCAGCUUGAGCAAACACAGGAAACCCUUUUAUUUCCAAAAUUAACUUUUCACGGCACUGCUAAUGGAUGUAAAGCACUGCAAAUUGAGUUUCAAAAGGAAGCUCUUUCGUUCACAUGAUAUUCAGCAUGAUGGCAAAAGCAAGAUCGUUUUCCACAUUCUUUCCAUCUGCAUUAAAAACCCAAGACGUCUUUUCUUCCUGGUAGCGACAAUGCUCUGCUGUUCUACGGCCACCAUUGCUGGAAACAAAUUAAAUUGUUUUGUCUUUAGCGAGAUGCUUACUUCAAUUUUCUUCUCUUCCCUGGAAUCUACCAUCUUUCUUCAUCUUUGAUCGUGCCACUAAGACAGUCACCAGUUGUUGAGCACGUCAAACCGAGCUUCAAGCGAAAGCUCUUUCGUGCACCUUGAUGUCCAAUGCAGUGGCAAUAACAAAAGAUCAUUUUCCGCAUCCUCCAUCUGGCAGUGAAAACCCGUCUUCAUGAUCCUGGUAGCCAUCGUCGACAGUGCUGUGAUGUUUCUUUCUUUGGCUGCUGCCCUGCAGCAAGAUGCUUACCUGUUAACCUUUCUUCCGAGGAUUGCGUUGUCCUCUUCCUUUUAACAAUUACUGUUAUGGUCAUGUCAUUAAGAAGGCUUUCAUUUUCCAGUUACUGUCAUGGUCAUGUCAUUAAGACGACUUUCAUUAUGAAGGUAGCAGUGAGCUAGUACAAGUGUGCAUGUUCCAUAUUAAGGUGGUUUCGUACACUUGUUCAUGAGUAGCAGCUAGUGGACUAGCUUACGGUAAACCGGGCAGUGUUGCACUUGUUUCGGCAGAAUAGGAACCCACGUUGAUGCCGCUGUGUCCAUCUAUUCAGGGCUGCUAACAUUGUAGGGGUCCGUUCCACUCUCGUGCUGGCACAACAUAUUCAGUUGUAUGGGAUGCAGUUGCUCUGGUGACGUGUUGCGAGCAUCAGCGUGUGUAUCUUUCAAGAGUUUCAGCAAUGGGCGUUGGCAAGGGUAGGAGGGAUAGAUUUCCAUUUUCCGGUAGUCUUUUUUCCACUCUAAUUUUUUGUAUCUACUAGUAUUUGUCCUUGUCGACAAGAGAGAGCUUCUGUAUCUUAUGUGCUUGCUUGCCUUUCACAAAAAAAGGGUACGCCUUUUGCGUACUCGAAAAGCAAACCAGCUAAAACUUUGAGAUGUAGCAGCAGCAGAGGCAUUCACUGCAAAGGUUGUUUCUGUGCAGCUGCAAAUCGAUAGUCUAUGAAGAUCUGAAAA